GCGUCAAUGGAAAUUAAAAAAAACAUAAUACCAGGAAGUCUUCAUUUUUUUAUCAUUAUAUUCUGUUUAAUAUGAUCGUGGCGUUACAUUUUUUUAUAAACGAUUGAAUGAAUACUUCUAAUCCAUGUAUUGUCAGCUGUAACAGUUAAUAAUAACUCACAUCGUCAUAGAGUGAACUUAACACUGAGGUCCACGGAGCAGCAUGGCGCAGUGGGAGAGCCUACAGCAGCUGCACUCGUCGUAUUCACAGCAGCUGCACGAGCUGUACGACCGUGACGGCCUCCCCAUGGACGUGAGGCACUACCUGGCCGCCUGGAUCGAGAAGCAGGAGUGGGAGCGGGCCGCCCAGGACCUGGACUUCGCCAUGGUUCUGUACCAGGUGCUGCUGGAGAACCUGGACAACCAGUACAGCCGCUUCGUGCAGGAGGAGCUCUUCCUGAUGCAGCACAACAUCCGACGCUACAAGCAGAACUUCCAGAGGUACCAGGAAAGUCCUUGUACGUUGGCAGGCAUGAUCCUAUGGUUCCUUGGAAAGGAAAAGGAAAUUCUUCAGACCGCACACCUGGAUGAGCAGGUCCAAGGCCUAAAGAUGGACCAGAGUCCUAUGAACACGGACACCCACAAGGACCUGGAGCGCCAGAUGGCGGGCCUCAGAAACGAAGUGCAGUGUCUGGAACACACCCUCAUCUGUCUUGAGGAGCAGCAGGACGAGUUUGACUUCAAGUACAAAACCCUGCAGAUGGAAGUGAUGACGGACAAGGCUCAGCAGCUGCAAAUCCAGACCCUCCUGAACAAGCUGAACGAGUGCAGAAAGACAUUGCUGUCGGCUCUCAUCCGGCUCCUGGACUCGUGUGGGCUGCUGCAGGGGGUCUUGGUGCAGGGGGAGCUGGCGGACUGGCAGCGGAGGCAGCAGAGAGCCUGCAUCGGAGCCCCGGACGACGUCUGCCUGGAUAGGCUGGACAAGUGGUUCACCGGUCUGGCUCGCUGUCUGGUCCAGGUCCUGAAGUUCCUGAAGAAGCUGGAGGAGUUGAUGGGGAAGCUCUCCUAUGACCAGGACCCCUUCAAGCAACAGAAACCUCUUCAGGUCAGGGCCGAGACUCUGCUGCGGGAUCUACUGAAGAGCUCCUUUGUGGUGGAGACCCAGCCCUCCAUGCCUCAGGGGAAGGGCCCGCUGGUCCUGAGGACCAACGUCCAGUUCUCCGUGAAGGCCAGGCUUCUGGUGAAGUUUCCAGAGCUCAACCACUCCAUGAAGGUGACUGUCUCCAUGGACAGGGACACGCCUCAAGUCAAAGGGUCUCGGCGCUUCAACGUUCUGGGGACCUCCAGCAAGGCCCUGACCAUGGCAGAGAGCCAGGACGGGGGCUUGGUGGCUGACUUCAGACACCUGACGCUGAAGGAGCAGAAGAGUGGAGGCGGGGGCAAAGUGGUCAGUGAGAUCUCUCUUAGUGUGACUGAGGAGCUUCACGUCAUCAGCUUCAAAACUCAUUUUGAGCUUCCGGACGCGGAGGUGGUUGAGCUGCAGGCCUCCUCUCUCCCGGUGGUCAUCAUCUCCAACUCCAGCCAGCAGCAGAGCGCCUGGGUGGCGGUCCUGUGGUUCAACAUGGUCUCUGAGAUCCCCAAGGAUGUCCUGUUCUUCGCCAACCCUCCUAUUGCCCCCUGGCCGGUGCUGGCGGAGAUGUUGAGCUGGCAGUUCCUGUCCUCCACCGGGCGGGGUCUGGACAGCAGUCAGCUGGACAUGAUCGCCCACAAACUGUUCGACAAACAAGACAACUACGACACCUGUCAGAUCUCCUGGGCCAGAUUCAGCAAGGAGAACACGGCCCACGCCAACUUCACCUUCUGGGUGUGGUUCGAUGGAAUUCUGACGAUGGUUAAAGCCUGCCUGGAAGAGAUGUGGAAAGAUGGCUUCAUCCUAGGCUUCGUGAGUAAGGAGCGGGUGAAACGCCUCCUGAAGAAGAAGCUCAGAGGGACGUUCCUGCUGCGCUUCAGCGAGAGCAUCAAAGACGGAGGGGUGACCUUCUCCUGGGUGGACUACACCCCCGAUAACGAGCCGGACGUGAAGUCGGUGCAGCCCUUCACCAGGACGGACCUGGCCCAGAUCCCCUUCCACGAGAUCAUCAGGAACUUCCAGCUGAUGGAGGCAGACAACGUCCCGGAGAACCCGCUGCUAUACCUGUACCCCAACAUCCCCAAGGACCAGGCCUUCGGGAAGUACUACACCGACAAGUGUGGAGAAGAAAGUCUGUACGUCAAAUACAUCCGGACAAAGCUGGUCUUCGUCUCCAAGGAGGGCCGGCUGGAAGCCAAGUCCCCUCAGUACUCAGACAUGGCGGAGGGCGCAGAGGGCGCGGAGGCUCCGCCCUCACAGGGUGAGCUGUGUGGACAGACCGCCGACGGAGAUGCGAUCCUGAAGGCGGCAGAGUCGGCGAUGAACGACCCCCUGCUGUCCUCCACGGGGAGGGAUGCUGACGGUGAUCUGCUGGCCCUCCUCGUCCAGGGGGAGGGCUUCAACUCCUGGGACCUGCUGACUCUUGACAGCCCCCAAAUCGACCUGUCCUUCCAGUUCGACUGCCCCAUCGGCCAGCUGUAGCCUUGUGGAGCUCACCGGACUUCUGUUGUGAACCAACCAGAUGUUGGCUAUCCCUGCUGGUAUCCUCUAUUAUGAAGGUUCAACAAGUAAUCCUCUCAACGUUUCUAAUGUCAUCGUCCUCUAAUGUCAUCGUCCAACCAGGAAGGGAAGGGCGCCCUCUACAGCAACGCUGGUUACUGCAAGAACUUUUCUGCUUUAUGCUGACGACCUGUUUUAUCCUGUGAAGAAAAUGUCGAGGUAAUUAGAACGUCUAUGUUUAAUCGUUGUUACAGCUGGGUUUAUGGAUGUACCAGAUGUGGGGGAACACACUAGAAACAUUGCGGUGGACCGGGGAUGGAGCUGAGCUCUGGCCGUGGGACGAUGGUUUUGGUCUUUCAGGACCUUAGGGUGAAGGUCCUGUUGGAGUUGUUGCACUUAUUUUUUACAUAAUUGUGUUAGCAGUUUUUUUGUGAUGGAAUAAAGAUAUUUCUUUAAUGUA